UCCGUUGUGAGGGCAGGGGGAGUAGUUCUUGUCUUGGGUUUAUGUUAAGAAAGCUGGAAAAGCAAGUCCUGCUUCAGCUUUAAUUUAUAAAGGAUUGUUCUCGGCAUAACCUGCACCUCUUCUUCUACUGUGCAGAUUCAUUGUGAAACGCUUGAGAAUGAGUCAAUGAGAAAUUAGUAGUAAACCACAUACCGUAAGCGUUCAGUGUUACCUAAGGAAGACGCGAUAUUCUACUGCGUGCCUCUGAGGGAGCUGAUCCUGGGUGUGGAAUAGUCUCUGCAUUGCCCUGUUUGGAACAGACUGAUAAGGCUCCUUGUUUCUUAGCAACCACAGUCUGCCAUAGCCAGAAACCUGCCCCUCUGCAGCUGGAGGGAAAAUUCUGAAUGUCUCAAAUUUGUACCUUUAACCAAGACCUCUGUCAUUCCUGGGCAUGGAGGUGCCAUAUGUCCUUCUCCUAACUAAACUUGUAGCAGAAGUUGCCAGCAAAUCUACUGAAAGUUCGGUUUCAGAGACAGAAUGUUGUGUGGAUGUGUUGGAUACAAACAGUUCCUGUCCAGUAACCAACCAGUGCAGUCCAGGUUGUUACAGGCGAUGGAAUGAAGAUGGUAGUAGUAGCUGCAUUAAAUGCAAAAAUGAAACCCUUCCUGUUGCAACUGUUUACAAUCUGACUGAUUGCAGAAAUACUGGUAUCAGAGGAAUGAAUUUCCAAAUGAAUAUAAGCACUGUAACUCCCUUCAUACAAAACAUAGGGGGCCCAGAAGUGGCAGCCUCUCUUAUAGUGGGAACAUUUUUCAUCAGUUUAUUCCUGAUUCUGUCUGUUGCUUCUUUCUUCUACCUCAAACGGGCCAAUAAACUUCCUAAUGUUUUCUACAGAAGAAACAAAGCAUCUGUUCUCCAGCCUAGUGAAACAGCAUCCAUGAUACCUCCCCCGACUUCUUCAGUUCGGAAGCCACGAUAUGUCAGACGAGAACGGUCGCUAGUGACAUCUGCAUCUUCUGCUAUGAUCUCUUCUGCAGAAACAAGGGUCAGCAAUGUUUAGCCUUCGUUCUUAACUGAAGACUUUGUACACAGUGUCGGAGAAACUUUUUCUAAAUCCACUGAAGUGCCAGGAAAACAUCGCAAGCAGCUGACCUAAAUGCAAGCCAAAUUACUGUGACAAGGGAUUUGUGCCAAAUAUUAACAGAGAAGUGAACUUGUGUAAAGAUGCUGAUGAGAGGCUACAUCCAGUUCUGUGAACUGCUUUGGUGGGCUUGAAAUGCACUAUUCCAGCUCUGUAAUUUCACUUGUCUCCUACAGAUGCUGUGGUUGAAGUCUAUAAAGAAUCUGCCUUUCUUUGGUACGCUUUCAAUUUUGGCAAGUUUUUCUUCCUGUGUUGUGAUAUGUUCUCUUUCUCCAGAGCUGAAUGUCUUGGUGCUGCUGAUCCUUGGGAUUGCUCAAGGGUGUGGGGCUUGUCUGAAUGGCCCGCUUGUAAAUGUUAACACUAAGUGCCACUGCUUUAGUGUUGUAGGAGAACAUAACAAUACUUAAAAUGCAGUAUUCUUUUGAUGCAAAAACUGAUGCCUCCUGGAGCAUCUUCUUUGGUCUCUGACACUGGGUGACCUUGGUUUUUAACUGUGAAUAUAGACCCACUAUGCAGAUACUGUUGUUCUCACUGCUGUUAAAGGCUGUGGUCAGUAUGGGUCUGAUCCAAAGUGUGUGAAUUUGCUGGGAAACCAUUUUUCCAAUGGUUUCAGCUUGGUCCUUGGAUUAAAAAGCCAUUUGCUAUGGCUUUGUAAUUGAUAGGCUGCCAUGUCUGCCAUGCAAAGAUGGACUCCACUAGCCUAUUUCCUUCAAAAAAGCAGCUGAAGGGAAACCAAACUUCCUGGAGGGUAGCUGUGCAUCCUUUGGACAUAUCAGUGAGUACUGAGGAGAACUAGAGAGAUCAGAUGAAUUCCUGGCAAUGCAAUAAGAGUUUUCUUUAAUCAAGCUCUUCAUUAACAUGCCUGACAUCUGCAGGCCAGCACCUUGUGGCAGAGCUUGACAAGUAUUGCCUUGUUGACACUGCCAGCAUAAAUAGCUGCUAGUCUCAAAUGGUUGACCUUGCCCAUCUUACGCCAGCUGUGCAGUGCGCUUGGUCAGGAAAUUGCUGUAGCUGUAAAAUGUUUUUUGGCUAGGUUAUCUGUGAACCAAAUUUUUUCCUGGUGUGAUUGACUGUGUUGCAACAUAAAUACUUAUCACGAUGGGCACAGUGGUAUGGGCUUGAGAGUGGGUGACUGGGAAAUGAGUGAAAAACUUGGAGGUUGCUAAAUCGGUCGAAGCGUCAGUGUCACCGCAUGUGAAACUAUUUCUAAGCAGCUUGUGCAUUCCCUUCUGCCUGUGUUGCUAUUGCCUGUUUUGGUUUAGCCCUUACAUUCUGGAUAUGUACUUCUAAAGUAAAUGACUUUGUGGCUAUUCAUCACCAGCCACUGGCAUGAACAUAAUGAUCACAAACUAGAACAGUUGGUUUGCUCUAUCAGAAAAUGUGAACAUAACUGUCUUGAUGUGAUGUCCAUAUGGAGUGCAGAGAUCCAGAUUGUCUUCUCCCGGUGGUUACAAGCUUGUUAAAAGGCGUGGGAUCAGAAGUGGUAUGGGAGGGGAUAUAUUUAUCUUAUCAAAUAGACCCAUUUUUAUGCAAGCUUCAGUGUGGUUAAAAUCACUUACAUCUCUCUCCCAACAAGGAAUGAGAUCUCUUGUAGCAUCCAAACAAGCAAGGGCAAAGAUUAGGGAUAAAGGACAAGGUCUGCUGACUCAAAGAGCCCCCUGAAUUGCUAUAUGGAAGAUACUUAAGAUUGCCUUUCUAUGGCAAUGGAAAAAGAAAUUUUUGUUCUAGUGGACAAAACUAAGCACAGUAGAUAACGCCCUUUGAGACACUUUGUAUUUUAAUAUGAAAUAUGCUUAAAUUCGUAUGUUCCCUGUUCAGGAGGUGGCAUUUUUUUCUCUGUCUUUUCGAUGUCUUUUUAAAACUCUAUACUGCUGAGAUUUUCCACAUGUGAAAAUUUGUUUGGAGGCAAUAGGUUUUUCCUGAAUUUGGUUGCUGAAUAUUUUCCUAACCUUUAAGGAAAAGGAGUAACUAUGCAAAUAAUAUAAUGCCAAGAAAUGGCACCUUUUAAAGCAGGGAGUUUCUGCUUGUGAUUCUGUCAGUGAUAGCGAUACGUCCUUGAAUUACAUAGUUGCUAACCUGUUCUUUCAAUCCAAAAAUUGUUGAAGGAGCAUUCAUGCCAUUGUUUUGGGGACUUGAAAAUAUCCCACGCCACUGCUACAUGUAUGUAUCUGUCUGAACCCUGUCUGAUCCUCAAGUGCGUAUUGUAACCUAGUUCAAUGUCAAGUGUCUAAUACUCUUAUUUUUUUCUGUGUAGUCAAGCUUUUUCUGAAUGGUAAGGUCUCUCUCCCCCCCCUUCCU